CUCACUGCCUUGUGCUGGUCUCCACGGCCACCCACUUGUUUUACGUCAGGAAGGGAAGCCAGUCUAUUUCCUCCCCUUUCUUUAUCCAAAGGAAGUGCCAAAAUAAGCAUCAGCAGCGCAGCGCCCGAGCACCUUUCCCACUGGCCACUGAGUUGGUGAUCGAGGAAGAAGUCGGAGGGGUUUACGGCCGCAGAAUCACCAUGAAGACCGUCAGUGUUCUCGUCCUCUUCCUGCUAGCAUCUGUCCAUGUCUUCACACCGGUUUCAUCAGAGGCUGAGACAGCAGCACCCCCAGACAAAAAGAUAGCCACAACAAAAGCCCCAACCGCAGCCCCAAAUGCAGAACCAACCGCAGCAGCCCCAAAUGCAGCACCAACCGCAGACCCAAAUGCAGCACCAACCGCAGCGGCCCCAAAUGCAGCACCAACCGCAGCGGCCCCAAAUGCGGCCCCAAAUGCAGCACCAACCGCAGCGGCCCCAAAUGCGGCCCCAAAUGCAGCACCAACCGCAGCGGCCCCAAAUGCAGCACCAACCGCAGCUCCAAAUGCAGCACCAACUGCAGCCCCAAAUGCAGCACCAACUGCAGCCCCAAAUGCAGCACCAACCGCAGCCCCAAUAGCAACCACAAAGGCAACACCCCCAAAACCACAACCUGCAUCUCCCACUGCUCCUCGAGUUGCCACCAGCAAAACUCCUGAGAACAGAGAAACUGGGGCGUCAACCCUAGCGCCUAAGGGGGCUUCACCGACCGCAGCAUCUGCAGACACGGGGACCUCUGCAGCUCACCGUGUGACCCAGACAGACCGUAAAACUUUGAUAAAUGUCAGCUUGCAACCAAGAUCUGGAAACCACCCUGUGGUCGAGACAGCUGGGACUCGAGGUCCAACUACUCCUGCCCCAGCAGCACGACAAACCACUAGACAUGCAGGGACGCCACAACAUCCGGAUAAAAAGGAGACAGGUGCAGGUUCUCCGUCUGGCAUUGAUGAAAAAGUACCCCCCAAAUCAGACAAAAGGCUGUGGUGGAUUCUGUUGCCCGUCCUCCUGGUGGGAGCUGCCGCUGUCAUCGUCCUCAGAUUCAAAUGCAAGAAGAUCCACGAUCACUCGGAAACCAUUGACACCGGAACGGAGAACGCAUCUUUCCAGAGCAGACCCGAAAGCACCAAAGACGGUGUCAUGCUCCUCGGCGUGAAGUCGUCGGCGGGAGAAGAAAACGCUGCUGCGAGAUAAUACCAAAAAAAGAAAAAAGAAGGGCAGCAACAUCGAGAUCGGCCGGUGGAUGAGUCCCCGAUGGUCUCGAGGAACCGUUACGAUGUUUAAAUUGUUGUGAAACGUUUUGUAAAGCAGAAAUGUAUGCAGGAUUCUGUGUGUUGAAAGCAGUUCUGUGAUAAUAAAUCUCAGAGUAAGUGAACUCAUAGUUUCAACCACAAAGUAUGGGCUAAACACUUUAAGUAGAUUAAUCAUUACCUGUGGAAUUGAAACAAUUAAGUUAAUCUGCACCCUUUAAUUCAGUAUUCUGUUGACAAAGACACACCUAAAUACUACUUAUAUCUGUCCACAAAACACGUCUUCUGUACAGUGCACUGACCUCAGAUCCAUCACGUUUGAUGUAAUGAAUCACUGUCCGUUUCAUAGUUGUAUAUUGUCUUUUGGUUGUGUUGUUUCAUCGUGUAUGUGCCUUGAACUGUCUUGCAGAUUGUGAUGUUUUUAGUUUUUCUUUUCGUAUGUCAUUUCAUUUCCCCCAAAGGAAGGCAUUGGAACCGGCUCUUUUGAGGUGUGCACAUUUUUUUUUUCAUGACUGAAGUAUUUCUUAAUAAGUUGUUCAAUGCUCCACCAUGCUUCUCUACUGCAAACGUGUUUUAAGCCAACCACCUUCUCCUUGCAAGUCAGUGCUGUACAUUCACCAUCAAUGUUGUGUGCAAGCGAAGGAUUUGCAGUAAUGGUGGUUUUAAGAUUCCCCCCCCCCCCCCCCCCCCC